AUGCAGCCGCCCCGGCUGGCACCCAGGGGCGACCGCGUCCCCUGCGACCCACCACCUGCUCCCCACAGCCUGGGUGUCGCGGAGGCCCCUGCAGAGCCCGCUCGGGGCCACCGGCCUGGCCCAGCCGCCCCCGGCACGGACACCCGGGGCCGGGACAGCCCUGCGAGGCCUCCCGACGGCGAGCCGGGCCGACCCGGCUGGCGGCGGCCCCAGUGCGGGACCCCCCCGGGGCGGAGCGGGGGGCUGCCACGGCUGCCGGGCAGGCAGGGGGCGGCCGCUCACCCCUCGGCCUCACCUCCAUCGCCGACCCCUGCCCGCCUCCCUCCUCCUCCUGCUCCGCGGGCGGACCCCAGCCUCCCCACCCCGCUCUCGCCGGGAGAGGCGGGCACUGGUCCCCGGGAGAGGGUCGCCCCCAGCCUGGGGCCGGCAGUCAGCGCGGUGUCCCUGCCCGUCCCCAGCCCCACCGCCCCUAGCGAGGGCCUGGCUCCAAGGCACGACAAGAGCCCCCUACCACCACCCCCUGCUCCUGUUAAUUCGCACGCCCAGGCUGAAGCCCCGAAGGCAGGCGCAGGACCGCGGCUCUCCGGGCACACCGCAGCGGCUUGCAACCUGCCCGGGAACCAAAGGCAGCGGUGGCCGCUGCAGGACGGGGACGGGAGCUGGCUCCCCGCCAGCAUCGUUGCCCACAGGCCGCAAAAUUGCACUGCAAACAGCACAGAUUGCUACUCCAGCCUGCUAGCUCAGCAGUGGAUGGACAGAAAACAGAAAAGAACUGGAUCGUUAAUACUGCUGAAAAGCAGCAUGAACUAGAAGAAAGCAAGUGCCAGAAUAUCCCCUCCAGUCCCAUGCUACAAACUCCUGGGUGACAGCUGCAGUAAUCAGAGCUGCGGCAGAGGGCACGAUGAGGUGGCAAAAAUGCAUUAAAGAAUGUCCUUUAAGAAAAUGACGACUCAUCUGUUACACAGAAUUAUCUGCAGUUUCUGGCUGUUGAGCACAUGACAUGGAGAGGGCUGUUACCAGCCACAUCACGCGCCUGCCCAUUUCCCAGUUGGACUUGGAUCAUACAAUAGUGUGUCAGUCAGAUGCUCUAGAAAUCCCUAGUUCCCCUCUGGUGGAUAGCUCUGAGUCUUUGUAAAGACUAUGCAAAAUAGCCUUUGCAAAGAUGGGCCAAGUAGAUGACUUCAGCUCCAGAGCAAAAAGACGACAAUCUCAGCAUAUCAAAGUAUUUUUGUUGAGGCAGUCACCAGGUAGAGCGUGACUACUGGAAACGGCUCCUCAGAAGUGGUGUUUGCUUAUUCCACGCUGACAAUUCAUUUGCUUCUUGCCAGUAAAGAAUACUGAAGUUUAAUAGCACACUUUUAUCAGGGCAGUAAGUAGCAUAAUGCAUUCCUGUGAGACUCCGCAGAGUACAGGCACACACUUUUCAUCCUGCUUGAGCAUUAAGUUCAUUUAAUAGAGUUAGCUUUUCCCUCACUUAUUUAGCUACAUUAAAAUACUGAGGAAGGCAUUUAUUUUUUGUCAAUGAAAUGGAGAAGCUAAUAGUAGCAGUAUGGAACAGCCAGUGACCUAAAUUCAUCUUGGUGCAAUCUCAUUUUGAUGCGAAUGUUGUAAAGUUUUUUCUGUAUAAUACCAUUCUGCCAGUUAAGAUGUAGCCUUAUUCCCAGUACUUCCCUUAACCUAGUCUUCAGUCUUCACAGGCUGAGACCAUGAUUCCAAAUUACACUGCAUUUUUGUAGUUAUGAUUGUGCAUCCAUCGAUCUGUUGGGAUACAGCACGUGCUAAAGCAGUUCACCAUUUAUCUCCAAAUGUCUGUAAAGUGUCCCCAGAAGCCUACUUAUUUUAAUUUUCUACUGCCAAGACAAACUCAGUUAGUGGAGGGACAAAAGGGAAAGAAAGAUUCCACAAUGGAAGAGGUUUAUUUUAAGCCUAUGUUAAGCUGCCACCAGUGCUUGUCUAAAUAUAGAUUUGUCCACUGUAAACACCCUUAGUCUGCAUUUAGUGCAGACACACGCAGAAUUACUCAGCAAUGGCAAGCAGGCUUUACAUUCACGCCCAGGCCACAAUAACUCUCAAUCGCAAACUAUUUUUUCAGAAAUCGGUUAUAAGUGGAUUUUUGCAUCCAAAGAGAAACAUUAACCAAGAAAAGCUUCCCUCCUCCUCCUGUUGGCAUCACACUUUUGGCAUCUCGGCUCUCAAGAUGAGAAGCAAGCUCACACCAAGGAGUUGUGGCUUUCAGGCCCAGCUCUUCAACUCACCGUGGCUGGCAAAGGACAGGCGAGCAGGGGCUGCACAGAUAUGUUCCGUGAGCUUCUGUAGUGGCUCACAUGCAACAAGGCAGGAAGCAGCCUGUGUUGGGCAGGUGUGGGUCAUUGUUCUGCCACUCAGAAAUCCUGCCAUCCGUACCAUGCUUUCCUGCUAACUCCUGUCCUCCACUUGUUAAUGCUUGCUCUGCUUCCCGAAUUAUCAAUCAUUGUAUUCUGCAGCAUAAAUACUGCACUAUACUGAAACCGUCUAUCUCAAGUACAGGUAAUCUCACCACAUCUGCAAAGAGCUUGGACAAUCAAUAAAGUAGCUUAAAAUGUACUUGCUCUGACAACUACAAUGUAAACAUAUCCGGUGUGUUCUACCACUGCAAUGUGAUACUCUCUCCAAGUUUGUGUGAAUCAUCCCCCCAGUGACUCUGAGGAGAACUGGAAACCGUUGCCUGUUUACUGAUCAUUUGAGCUUCCUUACCAAAAAAGGUACAAAUAAGUACGUCUUCACUGAAACAACUCAGGAACUCCUCUGCAGCCUCCCUGUAAAGCAGACAUAAAUGUAUAAUUGUACUUGUGUUAAACUUUAUUUGGA